AUGACUUUGGAAAGUUGUACAACAAUCCCCAAAUCUCGGUGCAAUGACAGAUGUCCUCCUGGAUACAGAAAAGCCUCUAAUGGAGGACACCAUGUCUGCUGCUAUGACUGUGUCCCCUGUCCUGAGGGAGAAAUGUCCAAUGUUACAGACAGUGACAGCUGCCAUCGAUGUCCUGAUGAAGAGUGGUCUGAUGAGAGAAAAGUUAGAUGUAUUCCUAAAUCGUACGACUUUCUGUCUUAUGAAAAGGAUUUGAUAGCAAAAAUUUCUUCAGUAACAGCUUCAUCUUUCUCUGCCAUAACAUUAUAUAUAUUAGGGAACUUUAUUUAUUACUGGGACACUCCAAUCGUGAAAGCCAAUAACCGGGCUGUGAGCCUCAUUCUCCUGGUCUCCAUCUUGCUGAGCUUCCUCUGUGUGUUCCUGUUCCUUGGCCGGCCAGUGGAUGGAACCUGCAAACUAAGACAGAUGUCAUUUGGGAUCUUCUUCUCCACAGCUGUCUCUUCUGUACUGGGCAAGACUGUCACUGUCUGUAUUGCUUUCAAAGCCACCAAACCCGGCAGUCCCUGGAGGAAGUGGGUCACAGUCAAAGUAUCUAAUUAUGUGGUCAUUGUGUGCUCCUCUGUCCAAGCUGUGAUCUGUGGCAUCUGGCUGUCUGUAUCUCCUCCCUACCAGGAGUAUGACCAUCACUCCUAUAAGGGAAUGAUCAUCAUUCAGUGUAAUGAGGGGUCAGUGAUUGGGUUUUACUCUAUGUUGGGUUACAUGGGGAUCCUGGCGACUGUGAGCUUUUUUCUGGCUUUCAUGGUGAGGACAUUACCGGACAGCUUUAAUGAGGCCAAGUAUAUCAGCUUCAGCAUGCUGGUGUUCUGCAGUGUCUGGAUUGCAAUGAUCCCAGCCUAUAUGAGCACCAAAGGGAAAUACAUGGUGGCUGUGGAGAUAUUCGCCAUCCUGACCUCAUGUGCUGGAGUUCUGGGCUGUAUAUUUUUCCCAAAGCUGUAUAUUCUGCUUCUGAAACCUGAAUUGAACUCCAGAAAAAGCAUGAUGGAGAAAAACAAAUUAUAAAACAUCACUUAUUGUCUAUUAUGCAUAUCAAUACACUUUUGUUGGGACUAUGGACCUAAUUCAGAC